AGAGGACCCGGCGCCAAGCACGAGCUGAGCAUCGAAGAAGCAAGCGACGACGACGCGCGCGAGUCACCCCGAUCCGAUCCCACCAAUCUCAUCCAGGUCGCAGGGAUUAUUGGGGAGCGCAGUGCAGGUUGCUCUGCUGGAGUUCGGUUUCUUCCCGUCUGUUGGGUUGGAUUCUGGGAGGGCAGAAGAGGGAUGGAUUGGAAUCCGGCGGCCGAGGAGCGGGUUCUGUGGCCGGCUUCGGUUCUUGCCGGCAUCGUCAUGUGCACCGUCGUAUAUGAAAUAACUCAAAAGGUUAGCUCUCAUUGCUUCAAGGCCUAUGAUAACUUAAGUGCAAUGAAAAAGGUAGAAUGGAAUAAUAGGGGUUUCUCUACAUUCCAUGCAUUGGUUGCUGCAGUUGUUUCUUUUUACUUGGUUGUGAUAUCUGACGUCUUCCAGAGCGACAUAAUAAUUGAUAGAAAGUCAUGGUUAUCUGAUGCCAUGUUUGGGGUCUCGAUUGGUUACUUUCUGACAGAUUUGGUGAUGAUUCUGUGGUAUUUCCCCUCUUUAGGUGGAAAGGAAUAUCUCCUGCAUCAUGGACUUUCGAUGUAUGCAAUAUGUCUUGCUUUGUUGAGUGGCAAAGCACACAUGUACAUACUUAUGGUUCUGUUUACUGAAGCCACCACUCCCUUUGUGAACCUUAGAUGGUAUUUGGAGGUUGCUGGUCAGAAGACGCAUAAUCUUUACGUGUACAAUGGAUUGGCUUUGUUUUUUGGAUGGCUGGCUGCACGGGUAAUCUUGUUCAUAUAUUUCUUCACUCAUAUGUACUUCCAUUUUGAUCAGGUGAAGACCAUCUUCACCCUGGGUUUCUACAGUAUACUGACGGUGCCACCGGCGCUGGCAGUGAUGAACCUCUUUUGGUUCUGGAAGAUAUUCAAGGGAAUGCUGAAGACCCUGUCUAAAAGGAAGAAGCCCAUUGAAAACGGAAAGGCAGACUAAUAGUUAGAAGUAAGGUGGAAAUGAGGAUUUCUUUCCUCUAGCUUUGAACAGAUUAAAAGUUGUUCCUCGUUGUAGAUUAAAAGAAUUGUUUAUUCGUUACACAUUUCAGUUCUAAUUGCCUUGACUGUGAGAGCUUUCUGCUUUCUUGUACCCUGCAGUAUCUACAAGACUACAAUAAUUCUAACCUUUCCCUUUUUUUUUCCUUUUAAUCAUCCAGCCAACCGUACAAUAUCUUAGGCUACCU